AUGUAUUUUAUUUUCUUUAUAUUCAAGGUUACGGAACUCGAGGUACUCCAAGCUAUCAACGAAGGAGACUUCAUAGAUGAGUGUCUGAAUAUAUUCGUAGAGUUCUCCAACAAUAAGCACUACGAACACAAUAUAGAACCGAAUAUCCCACUAUCUGUCCUAGACCGUGGUUCAGAGCUAGAAGUUCGUGCACAGAAGAGCGAGUUCCAUUUGUCCCCAACAUUAUCGUACACACGGCCGCCGCCGACAGCCAGCCUGGUAGCGGCAGUUGCUGACGUCAUCAAUAACAUCACAUUAUACAAGAGAGCUCCUGUACAGCUUUGGAAUGAAAAGGGAUUGUACAGAGUUUUAUUUAGGUGUAUAUCCCAGCCUAACGUCUCACAUUGCUCUUUCGUACACACGGCCGUCUGUCGAGCUCUCGCCGCGUCCUCUACACAUAAAUGCGUGAGGGUUGCGCUCGCCAAUACAAAGGACUGUGUGUAUCACUUGCUACUAACACUCACUCCUAUUGAGUCAGUAUGUGAUGCAGAAGACUUAGCUGCUCGUACUCAAGCCAUGCUCUUGUUGGCGUCUUUACUGUCUGAGCAAUCGAGUUUCGAAGCUGUAUGCGAAUUUAAAGACAAAUCUACACUAUUUGUUUUAUUUUUACAAGCAUUGGAGAGCGAUAAUAGCGGAUGGCAAGAAGCUGCAAUACAUUGUGUGAAUCGUCUCUCACGUUCUAUAGUAGGACUUAAUAAGAGAGAUCAAAAAAGCAUUACAUUCUUAGAUGAAUUAAAAUCACCAUAUCAAGAUGGUAGGGAUGUUCGUUGUGCUGGAGACAGUGGCUAUUGUCAGCCUGACCACAUGGUUGAAGAGAUCUGUAAAGUACUAGUUGAUAUGUUCAGGAAACGAAUUGAAGAUAAGAAAUAUUUACUCGGACAAGAUCCUAGUUGGAUACUAAUAGCGUCCUGCCUCAGUUCUGUGCUAUGUGCGAGUGUCCGCGCCCGUUCCUUCGUGGUCCAUAGACAGUUGUUCCGUGAAAUAUCUGGUGUACUUCACACUCUGCGAGACCAUCUCACGCUGAUGGGGAAACCAAUAGAUGUUAUACGGAACGCUAAUCAUGAGCCGACCUUAAACACAUUGAACUGGGUUCUCAUCCUAGCGAGCAGUAUGAUGGUUGAUUAUGCUCCAGCUAAAGACCGUCUGUCAGAAGACAUCGCCACCUCCCUGACGCGGUUGUGGCCCUGGUGUAUGAUGACGGAGGAGUUACGAAAUAGUGUCAUGAAGUUUCUAUUGACAUUCACUAAUGAUUGCCCUAAAGCUUGGUCGAGUAUGGUGAGUUGUGUGGGUGGUCGCAGUGUGUUGUGUGAGGUGUGCUCGUUGGUGUGUCGCGAGGCGGCCCGGCCCCGACAUACGCGGACCCUGGCCGCCGGUCUGAGGGUCUUGACGCACUGUGUACACCAUCAUCACUGUAGGGCUGUCAUUCUUAAGAGCGACGUGUUAUCAGUAUGGUGUAAGCUUCGCGGCCGGUGUCCAUCUUCUGUGUCGUGUUGGUGUUCUCUGUGUACGUCUGUGUGUCGUCACUCGGACGGAGCGGCGGCUGUUUUGAGCUCCAUACAGUCGAGGCCGGCGCCCGCCGCCUUACUGCCGGCCCUCGCUAACGCUGCACAUCACUGCAGACAUGCCUUCUUGCAGUCAUCGGACCUAUUGGAGUUGUUAUCUAGCUGUCUGUUGACUGGUGACACGGCCGAGGUUGUUGAUUCAGCACGAGCGGUGUGGGCGCUGGCUGCUAACAACCACAGAGCUAAGCUGGUACUCCGUAGUGCGGGGAUACAAACAGCAGUACAGACUACUCUGCAGCGUUUGCAAAAAAACAAAGAUGUCGCCACUCAACGAGCUGUGGAGUUACUGACCUACACCAACACCGUACUCCAAGCUAUAUGA